AUGCUCCAAUCUGAACCUGAGUCUGAACUUGAGCCCAAGAAGGUCGCUAUCAUCGGAGCCGGCCCCUCCGGUCUCGUCACCGCCAAAACCUUCCUGCACAACGCUCCCGUGGGAAGGUUUCGGGUCACCAUCUUUGAGAAGGGUGAUUCUAUUGGGGGGUUAUGGAAUUGGACUCAUCCCGAGGGGGCAACGGACGAGGGUGAGGGGGAGCAUGCGGGACAGCAGGGAGGUUCGCAUACACGGCGCAGGGAGUUUGUAAGCCCCUCCAUGCGGACGAACCUCAGUCGAUUCACGGUUGCGUUUGCGGAUCUCGCCUGGGAGGAGGUCCUGGGAUCCGUGCCGGUACCGAUGUUCCCGCGGGCGUGGCAGGUGGGGAGAUACCUCGAGGCUUAUGCGGAGCGGUUUCUUGCCUCCCCUGGGGUGGUCAUCAGAUUCGGGUGUGAGGUGGUGAAGACGAGCACGAGUAGUCAGGGGGGUUGGGUGGUGGAGUGGGUGGAUGGCAAGGACAAGUCCACGCACGAAGAACACUUCGACUACCUCGUCAUCGCGUCCGGGUACUUUGCGCGUCCUUUCAUGCCGGAUAUCCCCGGGCUUGCAGCAUUCAGCGACAAGACCGUGCACAGCUCUGCACUCCGCGGCGCAGCGGAUGUGCAACGCGUGCUUUCGGCUGGGGGACCAAGUGGCAAGGUGGUGAUCAUUGGGGGCAGUCUGUCCGGCGUCGAGGCUGCGUCUGCCGUGGCCUUGCAUCUGUCCUCGCUGGGCGUAUCACACCCCACCACCCAAAUUCAUCAUAUCUGUUCAAGGCCGUUCUGGGCAGUCCCGACCUACCUCCCCAGCCCAGCGGAGACACAGGGCCAACUCGUGCCCUUCCUCCCGCUCGACCUGGUCUUCUACGAUCUCGCCCGUCGGCCACCGGGUCGGAUCGAGUUUACUUCUGGUCCGCUUUCGCCGGCGCAGGUGGCCAAGACCAAUAGCUACUUGCGGGCUCUACUGGGGAGCGAGUACGCGCGGAUUGGUAGCGGCAGCAACAACAGCAUCAAACUCCAAACACCAUCCUGGACAGCCAUCAGCAACGAUCACGCUGAAUACGUCCGCAGCGGCGCAAUCCACACCACCAUCGGCCGGGUCGCGCGUCUCGAACAGACCCCAAACCACAGCGCCACGAAUAUUCACAUCACCCUGCCGACCGGGUCAAGCCGCAUCAUCGAAGAUGUCGCAGCCGUCAUCCUCGCCACUGGCUUCACCCCCGAUGACUCGCUCGCCUUCCUGCCAGAGUCUAUCCUCAUGCAGCUGGAAUACUCCCCCGACGACCCGUUCAUCCCCCUCAUCCUCGACAACAAGGGGACCGUGCGGACUGAGAUCCCCGCCCUGGGGUUCGUGGGCUUCUACCGCGGCCCGUACUGGGGGGUGAUGGAGAUGCAAGCCCGGAGUCUGGUCGCGCGGUGGACGGCACAACCUGGAGAUAGUCCCACGGGACACCACCCUCACCCUGACCCUCGUGGUAGCACCGAAAAGGCGAGAGAGCAACUGCGGCAGCUGCGACAAAAUUCGACCCAGCGCAGCCAGUUUCCCAUGGGUGACUAUGUCGGGCUUAUGGAGAGUUUUGCGCGGGAGCUGGGGAUUCCAAGGGUGGAGCUGGGAGAAUUACAGCAGCGAGUAAAUCCUGUCAUUCCGGCGAGAUAUCACGCGUUUGACGCCUGCACUGGAAGCACGAAUAGUGGUAAGAGGAGGCGGAAUAGAUCCGAGGACAUGAUGUCUAUAAACAAAGAUGAUAGUACCCGACGAACGCCAACCCAGCCCCAAAAGACAAUCGAACCCCUCUCGUCCUUACUCUCCCUUUUCACCACAGAAGACCAGUAUGCUGCGGCAACCACAACAGCAACCGCAACAGCCAUCUUCCGCGCUCUGCACGGCUCGUGGCGUUUCACCCGCACAACAACAACAACAACAACAACAAGCACACUCACACCCGGCUCUGCAGAACCGGAAUUCAAACCCAAAGACCACCCCGUGGUAGAGAAUUCUCGCAAUUCAGAACAGACAUCAACGCUUCCACCCCUUCCCGACAGAACCAAAGACACCACAAAAGGCGCUGCGACGUUCCAUCCGCGCUACGUGACAGCCCCCGGCUACGAGAAGGAAUAUCUCUACCUCGAAUCAGAAGCAGAAACUAGAACCCCUGCCUCCGAUUUCGAAACCCCAUCCUCCAGAGACCUCUCCAGCACGAGAAAAGGAGCGGUGUAUCGGCUUGUCGGUGAUGAGGGAGGUGGUCCCCAAAAUACGGAUUCAGGUCCGGGGGUGCAGGGUGGUCAGAUAUAUGUGUGGGAUGACCACGCUUGGGACGCAGCGACUGGUCUCGGAGAUACUAGAGACGAUGGCCAGGGCGGGGCUGGGUCCUUAGCGGACCGGUUCGCGUAUGGUCUUCAAGUCCGGCCGGCAAUAUCACUUGGGCCUGAUGCUGAACAUGACAUGGAAUCUGGGACUGAUGGGGUGGAAGGGCAUCGGUCGAGGUUCAGUGUCCAUGCGUCGGGGCAGAGCUGUGAUGGUUCUAAUACGCCCGUGACGUGGGAGUAUAGGUUUGUGCUCGAUGGGGUGUCUGUCAUACGAUGGGAGUGUUUGGAAAAUGAGAAUCUCUCCGCAGGCAGGAGAAGGCGCACGGAAACGGUGUAUGUGCGCUGA